AUGAAGAGUUUGGCUUUGGAUAUUAUUACUAUACUGCUUAAGAGAAAAAAUCAUGCUGGUAGCAUUAAAGAUUCAUAUGCUGAAGCUGGUUUUAGUUUUAUACCACCUGACAUUUCAGGAAAUACUUAUACUCCAUAUUUACCAUUUAAAUUAGAAAAGGGGUCUCAUGAUAUAAUGAUGAAUGCAAUCUGUAAAGAUGCAAAAUUAGAUUUUAAAGCACUAAAAGAUUCUACCUCUAUUAAUAAUAAUCAAGUUGGUAAUAUUGAUAUUUAUAUUGAUAUUUAA